GAUGAAGAUUGGGGGUCGGCCGGACGCGCCACUGCGCACGACGCCAUGAUGCAAACAUACAAAUAGGCUUCCGUCCCGACUGACCCACCCGAAGCAAUCCGACCCCGUCCAACCAUGUCUCACUUCUCCCAUCUUAACUCCUUGGCCACCCCGACGAACCUCUGCAUCGGCGUCGGGCUCAGCGCGAGUUCGUUCCUGUACUGGGGCAACCUCGGCCUCGUGCGAUGCGGGCCUUUCGCAAUCAUGAACACUAAAACGCGCGACGCCCUUGGUAUCCGACCCGCGCAGGCCCUGCAAAUCUGGGAAGACGCGUACGACCGCGGCGCCGUGCACUUCUUCCCGUCGGGCGUGAUCGGAUUCCUCGCCUUUCUGACCGCCGGGAUCCUGCGCGGAUCCGGAGACCACCCGCGCAGUGCGCUCUUCUUUAUCGCUUCCGCCGCCAACUUCGCCGUCGGCUUCUUCACCUUCACCGCGAUCAUGCCGCUCAAUAAUCACCUCAAGUCGAUCCUGCGCAGCGCCGAGAAGCGGUCGGGCAAGAAGAACGCGCCCGAGCUCGAGUCGGAGAAGGAGGCGGAGGAGACGCUGGGGAGCAUCGACAAGUGGAAGACGCUGAACGCGGUUAGGAUGGGGUUCGCGCUAUUUGGAUGGACAGCCGCGACCGUCGCGAUCUUACUCUAAGCAUGUUUGAAAGGUAAUCUUGCAAUAUGCCUGGGUGAUUCGUGUACUAUGACUUGCUCUAUAAUCUCCCUUAUCGGUACAUGACCUGCUUUGACCC